GUCAGACAGACAACGACUGAACGGCUACACUGGGAGUGUUUAUGGCUGCCUGCUCAGCACGACGUUCAGUUAUUUCGUCUAUAUAAGAUUACUCACUGUUUUUAAAGGCCGUGAAAACGAAACUACAGCUCAUGAUUCAACGGGGAAUGUAAUUAAGACUAAGUCGACUGUAUGUGGACACGGCUAACUUUUAAGGGACUCAGUCGUCGAGCGAAAUUUAACUUCAUCGAUCGCAUAGUUCUUCUGAAAACACUCAGCGGAAGUCUCACCAGGAUUAAAAACACGGCUUGAAGACCUGGACUUGGUGUUUUAACGAGGAACUACAUGAAUUUAACGGGGCAAUUAUCCUUUUGUAACUUUCCUUUCUCGACAGCGGUGCAAACUGUUGUCGUAGUGGCGUACAUUAACGUUGGCUAAUCUUUUAGCAAGCUAGCUAGGUACGUUAGCAAGCAGGCUAGCACUACAGUAGUUUGCUACAGCCGGGACUUUACGACUAAUUCAGCCAACUUUUUUUACCAGAAUGGCUAUAAUGCGUUUUGCAACAGGUAUAUUUUUUGCAAACAUGACGAAGCAGUAAUACAAAUACACCAGACAUUUUGAAAGCUGAGCGAUCAAUUCCUUCGGUUUGUUACUCCAGGUUAUGCUGCGGGCUGUGUCAUGAGUUUGGCUUUUUGCUUCGUGUUUUGAAGAUUGUCCCCGUCUUUCAGAGAACAAGUUGCUCGAAUGAUGCAGUCUUUGGACACAGUCUAAUCCCAAUACCGAGCGACCAUGUUGGAUCAUACAGAAUAACACCAGACAGGAGACAAGCUUCAAGUCGUGCAUUUCGCUCCAUAUUUUGGUUGCGAGCAGAAGAGCAACCCUUUCGUUUGAACUAGGAAUACAAUAGCUUGCCUGAAGUCUUCGUCAGUUUGUGCAUCAAAAUGUCGGCCAUCUCUGCAUCCGAGAAAGUGGACGGGUUUACGAGAAAGUCCAUGAGGAAGGCCCAGAAACAGAGAAAAUCCCAAGGCUCUUCUCAGUACCGCACACAAUGCGCCCCGGUGGAGCUCUCCCCGCUGCCGCAGCUCAAAGAUGCGCCCUCCACAGAGCAGCAGGAGCUGUUCACCCAGAAACUCCAGCAGUGUUGCAUGCUCUUCGACUUCAUGGACUCUGUGACGGACCUGAAGAGCAAGGAGAUCAAAAGGGCCACGCUCAACGAGCUGGUGGACUACGUCUCCACCAACAGAGGGGUGCUGGUGGAGACUACGUACCCAGAGAUCACUACCAUGAUCUGCACCAAUAUAUUCCGCACUCUACCACCAAGCGACAACCCUGAUUUUGACCCGGAGGAGGACGAGCCCACUCUAGAGGCUUCCUGGCCUCACGUUCAGCUGGUCUAUGAGUUUCUCCUACGCUUUCUAGAGAACCCAGACUUCCAGCCCAGCAUCGCAAAGCGCCACAUUGAUCAGAAAUUUGUGCUGCAGCUGCUGGAGCUGUUCGACAGCGAGGACCCGAGGGAGAGGGACUUCCUGAAGACCAUCCUGCAUCGGAUCUAUGGAAAGUUCCUCGGACUGCGGGCCUUCAUCAGGAAGCAGAUCAACAACAUUUUCUUGCGAUUCAUCUAUGAAACGGAGCACUUCAACGGAGUUGCUGAGCUGCUAGAAAUCCUGGGGAGUAUCAUCAACGGGUUUGCGUUGCCUCUGAAGGCUGAGCACAAGCAGUUCCUCAUGAAGGUGCUCAUCCCGUUACACACGGCUAAAGCACUGGCCCUUUUCCAUGCGCAGCUGGCCUACUGUGUGGUCCAGUUCCUGGAGAAAGAUCCUACACUCACUGAACCGGUGAUCCGCGGGCUGCUGAAGUUCUGGCCUAAAACCUGCAGCCAGAAAGAGGUGAUGUUUCUGGGGGAAAUCGAGGAGAUUCUGGAUGUCAUUGAGCCGACCCAAUUCAAGAAAAUCCAGGAGCCGUUAUUCAAACAGAUCUCUAAAUGUGUGGCCAAUCCACACUUUCAGGUAGCGGAGCGGGCGCUGUACUUCUGGAACAACGAGUACAUCCUCAGCCUCAUCGAGGAGAACAUCGACAAAGUUCUUCCCAUCAUGUUCGGUAGCCUGUACAGAAUCUCCAAAGAGCACUGGAACCCGACAAUCGUUGCUCUGGUCUACAACGUGCUGAAGACGCUGAUGGAGAUGAACUGCACGCUGUUUGACGAGUUGACCUCCUCUUAUAAAGCAGACAGGCAACGGGAGAAGAAGAAGGAGCAGGAGAGGGACGAGCUGUGGAAGAAGCUGGACGAGUUGAGGCUCAGCAGCGCCCAGAACAACAGCCACGGGCUCCCGAGUGUCCAGAACAACAACAACAACAACAACAACAACAACAAUAGUAAUAAUAAUGACACCCAGGACAAGAGCGCGGAGGCUGCUGCCGUCACCUCAGAAAACAAAGAUCCUGACGACAGUGUGGCGGCCAUUGAGAGCAGCCCAUGUGCCAAAUGACACCGGAUGUUAGUUUUUUAUUAACGGUUUGACAUCGUGUUCAGGACUGUCAGGAGAGGAUUAACGGAGACAGAAAAAAAACACAAAUUACACCUCAACAGUAUAUUAAAUCAACUUAGAGUGACUUAGAAAUGCCAGCAUUUCCUUGGCAGAAAAAAAAAGUAUAUAUAUUUCAACUUAAGACUAUUUUUGGAUGUUACAGUGUGGCUGCAGUAUCUUGUUUAUUCGUCUGAUCAAAGAUUUAUCCUUUCACAUUUAGUUUGUUAACUGAAAAUGAUUUUUUUUUUUGUUUAUAUUCGUUGUAUGAUACAUGGGAGGGGAGAAAAUAAUAAUGACUUGAAUUUAAUGUUUCCGAUUGUGCUGCACUUAGACAAGCUGAAUAGCUAUUUAAAGAUGUCUAUUUUUUAAUGUGCUUUUCCUUGUUGCUGCCAACACUUUGGGUGCAAACCUUAAGGAAGAAGGGAACUCGGACUUUGGGAGUAUUCGGGGUAGAUGGGACCAGAUCCAUAAUUAAACAUUAAGUGUCCAUUGAUGUAUUGAAAAGUGUAGUUCCCACAAGAAGCUACAGGACCGUUAUCUCACGUUAGAGAUAGUAAGGGGAGGUGCAUGGCCAAAAAGAAGAUAAAUCUUGAUGAAUUAUAAUCCCAGAUAUGGAUUGAUAUCUCUGUAAGUGACUCUAGUUGAGACUGAAAUUAAAACUUGUUCUCAAUUAGGGUAGAUGUCAUAUUUGUGAGAUUAUUUUUGUGUUUCAGGUGUUUGUAACUGUUCGUUUAGCUGGGUGAAGCUAAUAGAUGUCACACAACACCUGCAUUUAUAAAAUCACACUAAAGUAUUGAAACAGGACUUUCAAAGAGUUAAAUGUUUUUCAGCCAAACCACAAUUAAGUACAUGUUUCAACAUUUUGAGAAAAGCCUUAUUGGCUUUUUUUUAUUGCUGAGAGUUAGUUAGAAGCUUAAUACCACUCUCUCAUUUGUAGUGUAAAUAAGAUGCUGCAGUUGGUUAGCUUAGCUUAGCAUAAAGACUGGAAAUGGAGGGAAACAGCUAGCCUGGCUCUUUUGAAAGCCUUACUCAGACCUACUGCAAACACACAUUCCUGAUGGUUUAUCUCGCAAUCGUUGUGACCAAAGAAUAAAUAUAUUCUACUUUAUGUUCCAGAAAUGUAUAAUCAAGUCUGUAUUACAAGCAUGGUUAGUAUAUUUCCAACUGGACUUCCCUCAAGCAUAUUUCAUUGUCUUACCUGUAAAUGUAAAGCAACGCGUACAAUCAUCAAUGCAGGGGAUGUAUCAACCUAUUCCGAAAUUGUUGUUUUAACACCUAGCUGUUGGUGUUGCGUAAACAAACAAAUCAAACGGGUUCUUUACUAAAGAAAUAAGAUGGUUUCCAUUUGUUUCCCGCAUCUAUGCUAAGCUAGGCUAACUGGCGGCAGCUUCAAGUUCAUAGAGACGUGACUUAUUGAUCUUCUUAUCAUACUCUUCCCAAAAAGCAAAUUAAGAAAUAGAAACAUAUGAGACCUAAAGUACUAUUUUUCCUAGGGUAUUGACGAGGCAAAUAUUUUCUAACGUUUCAUUUUGCAGAUGAAUUAUGAUGGGUUGCAGGAUGUGCUGGAGUGUAUAUUAGUUGAGUGUGUUAGGUUGGAGGCUACUUAAAGGGAAAUGCCACUCGAUUUAAGAUUUUUCUGUACAGUAUAUAUUGUUUCCGUGGUCUACGAAAGUGCAGUCUUAGGAACAUAAAUGGUUAUCUGUCAAAGCCGAGAAGACUUAGAGUUGUCUUACCACUUAUCUGGCAUUUCACACAAUGCACAAGAAGCUGAGUUUUUAUAUCCAGACUCAUUAUGAAGUAGUGAUAUCAAGAAACACCAGAAAAUCCGAGUAAUCUUUACCAUCAAUGCCUGUUCACUCCCUGCAUCUCCAGACUUUAUAACCUCACAUUUGCUUUUAGUGUCGGUCGUCGGGAGUUUGAUGAAUGUGUUCAUGGACUUAAUCUGACUGCCGUAGAUCAUAGGAACAACUUGUGACUUCUUUUUAAAUUGAAUGGUGUUCCUGCUGAACCCCGAGUGUCUGCUCUCUUACUUCUGAGUUUUUAGGUCCAGUCUUUUCUGAUGCCUUUCUGUCAGUACAGCAUUCCAACCUCUGUGACGUUAAAAAAAAACUGCGUGGGGAACCUGUUUUGUAAUCGCAGAUCUUAUUUAGGUUUCACCAUCAAAUAAAGUCUACUCUAUCUUUCUACUCAAA